GCCGCCGCCUGCUCGCUUCCUCCGGGUUCUCAGCUCCGGGUGCUGAGGCUCCAGUCUAUAAAUAGCAGGUUACAGCUCCUGCUCUGCGCGCACACUCUCACAAGCGAACGCAGGAAAGUCAGGCUAAAAGUGUCUGCUGCUGCUGCCGCCCCCCACUCCGCCUCCGGGAGAGAACCCAAGGAAAUGGUGUUACCUGGCAAGCAAUCUGCUGUCUUUUAUGAAAAAUCAGAUAAAGAGCUCUGAAGUCAGCAAAGCGAUUAUAGAAGAGCCAGAGCAAUUUGUGGAAUACAACAGCAAAGCAGAAUUUCAGAAGAUAUUGGGCCUUUAGUGUGAAGAUACAUCUAUAUUAAACCAGGAAUCACUGGCAGUGACAUUUGGACGUGAAAAUUUAGAAGACUAAACAACUGUGAAGGUUGAUCAUGGAAAUCAAAGAGGAAGCAUCAGAAGAAGGCCAGCACUUUCUUCCCACACCCCAGGCAAAUGAUACUGGGGACUUCCAGUUCACAAGUAUUCAGAAGACUCCAAAUGAACCACAGUUGGAAUUCAUCCUUGCAUGCAAGGAUCUUGUGGCUCCUGUCCGUGAUCGGAAGCUGAAUACACUGGUGCAGAUCUCAGUAAUCCACCCGGCGGAGCAGGGUCUGACAAGAUACUCAAGCACGGAAAUCGUGGAGGGAACAAGAGACCCACUGUUUUUGACUGGUGUCACAUUCCCAUCUGAGUAUCCCAUCUAUGAGGAGACCAAAAUAAAGCUAACAGUCUAUGAUGUCAAGGAUAAGUCUCAUGACACUGUUCGAACCAGUGUCCUACCUGAACAUAAGGAUCCCCUGCCAGAGGUUGGGAGAAGUUUCCUGGGCUAUGCCAGUUUUAAAGUGGGGGAGCUACUGAAGUCAAAGGAGCAGCUGCUGGCCCUGAGCCUGAGAACUUCAGAUGGUGGCAAAGUUGUUGGCACCAUAGAAGUCAGUGUCGUGAAGAUGGGGGAGAUUGAGGAUGGGGAAGCCGACCACAUCACGACAGAUGUGCAGGGACAAAAGUGUGCACUGGUGUGUGAAUGUACAGCCCCAGAAAGUGUGAACGGAAAAGAUAACUUACCUUUUUUGAAUGCAGUGUUAAAGAACCCAGUGUGUAAAUUAUAUAGAUUUCCUACAUCUGACAAUAAGUGGAUGCGAAUCCGGGAGCAGAUGUCAGAGAGCAUACUUUCUUUUCAUAUUCCUAAGGAAUUGAUUUCUCUUCACAUAAAAGAAGACUUGUGUAGAAACCAGGAGCUAAAGGAACUUGGUGAGCUUUCUCCGCACUGGGACAAUCUACGGAAAAAUGUCCUUACUCACUGUGAUCAAAUGGUGAAUAUGUACCAAGAUAUUCUGACAGAACUUAGCAAGGAAACAGGGUCCUCUUUCAAAUCAAGCAGCAGCAAAGGAGAGAAAACAUUAGAAUUUGUUCCAGUAAAUCUACAUUUGCAAAGAAUGCAUGUCCACAGCCCUCACUUGAAAGAUGCUCUCUACGAUGUCAUCACCGUGGGAGCCCCAGCUGCCCAUUUUCAGGGAUUUAAGAAUGGUGGUCUUCGGAAACUACUCCAUAGAUUUGAAAUGGAAAGAAGAAAUACUGGAUACCAGUUUAUUUACUAUUCACCCGAAAACACAGCCAAAGCAAAAGAAGUUCUCAGCAACAUCAAUCAACUACAACCUCUGAUAGCAACCCAUGCGGACCUCCUGCUUAAUUCUGCAAGCCAGCAUUCUCCAGACAGCCUGAAGAAUUCUUUAAAGAUGCUUUCAGAAAAAACAGAGCUUUUUGUACAUGCCUUCAAGGAUCAGUUGGUAAGAAGUGCUCUUUUAGCCCUCUACACUGCCAGGCCAGGAGGUGUCCUUAAGAAACCACCCUCUCCUAAGAACAGCACAGAGGAGAGCUGUCCCCAGGACCCACCCCCACCGAUGAGAAGGCAGGACUCCAUACCACAUCAUUCAGACUAUGAUGAGGAAGAGUGGGAUAGGGUGUGGGCCAGUGUGGGGAAGAGCCUGAACUGCAUUAUUGCCACGGUGGAUAAACUGAUUGAAAGAGAUGGUGGCAGUGAAGGCGGUGGCGAUGGCAGCAAAGAUGGAGAAGAGGACCCUUCUCUAGUGGACUCCAUCAUAACUCAUCCAAGGGAGGACUGGUAUGAACAGUUGUAUCCCCUCAUCCUUACCCUGAAGGACUGCAUGGGAGAAGUGGUGAACCGAGCCAAGCAGUCCUUGACAUUCGUGCUCCUUCAGGAACUUGCAUACAGCUUGCCCCAGUGCUUGAUGCUGACUCUGAGAAGGGACAUCGUCUUCAGCCAAGCGCUUGCUGGAUUGGUUUGUGGUUUUAUCAUCAAAUUACAUACAAGUUUGCAUGACCCUGGCUUCCUGCAGCAGCUUCACACAGUGGGGUUGAUAGUGCAAUAUGAAGGACUGCUAAGUACAUAUAGUGAUGAAAUCGGAAUGCUAGAGGACAUGACUGUUGGCAUUUCAGAUUUGAAGAAAGUUGCAUUUAAAAUAAUUGAAGCCAAGUCCAAUGAUGUCUUGCCAGUUAUAACAGGAAGGCGUGAACAUUACGUGGUAGAGGUGAAGCUUCCAGCGAGAAUGUUUGAGGCCCUGCCCCUGCAGAUUAAAGAAGGGCAAUUGCUUCAUGUGUAUCCAGUACUUUUUAAUGUUGGAAUCAAUGAGCAACAAACUCUUGCUGAGAGGUUUGGAGAUGUCUCCUUGCAGGAAAGUAUUAAUCAGGAAAAUUUUGAACUUCUAAAAGAAUAUUACACAAUAUUUAUGGAAAAGAUGCCUCCUGAUUAUAUUUCACAUUUUCAAGAACAAAAUGAUUUAAAAGGAUUACUAGAAAAUCUCCAUCAAAAUAUCCAAGCCAAAAAAAGAAAGAAUGUAGAAAUCAUGUGGCUGGCUGCAACGAUUUGUCGCAAACUAAAUGGCAUUCGUUUCACCUGUUGCAAAAGUGCCAAAGACAGGACGUCCAUGUCGGUGACUCUUGAACAGUGCUCAAUCUUGAGAGAUGAGCACCAGCUGCACAAGGACUUCUUUAUCCGAGCCCUGGAUUGUAUGAGAAGAGAAGGAUGCCGCAUAGAGAAUGUUCUGAAGAAUAUCAAAUGCAGAAAGUAUGCUUUCAACAUGCUACAGCUGCUGGCUUUCCCCAAGUACUACCGACCUCCAGAGGGGACUUAUGGAAAAGCUGACACCUAACUUUACCAACAUAUAACACCAGCAGGCCUAUUUCAAGAGAUCAGAUUGACUCAGAAACUGAACCAAGAAAAUGACAUUUCCAAACAAGAUAAUUUAUUUUGCUAAAAAUAUGUUUCCCCUCUAAUGAUAUCAAAUGUACAUAUCAAUUCCGUAUUAGCUCUUCUGCAGAGUUCUGCAGAAAACAUAUUUAAAACAGGGAAGGUAAAAUCUUGAUUAUGUUUGACCCGGCUACAAAAAAACCCAGAGACUGAAAAUGUUCCACAAGACAGCUAAACAUAAAAGUUUCAGAUAUUUGAUUGAAGCCAAGCCACACUUGGAUGCAUUCAUUCAUUUAUUUCUCGUGUGGUUUUUUUGUUUUGUUUUUCUUGUUAAUAUUGUCUCUGACUUUGUCUACACCCUGCCAAAACAAUCCUUUGAUGUUUGGUGACUCCAGCCAUCCAGCGUCAGAGCAACCAUUUUGAUCCUGCUGACAAAUUGUGCUAAAAUGCCCACUCACCUAAUUAGAGCAGUAUGCCAUGUGACUAACUCCUGCUCUUACUUUAUCAGACUAACUCCUGUUUUUCUGAAAAACUGUGAAGUCUUAAAACUAGUAUCUGGAGGAAGGAUACUUUCCUUUUUUCCUCCCCCCUCAACUAAAUAUAGUAUUUUGCAUAAAAUUUCACGAUGGAAAAGAAAAAGAUUUAUAUGGAGUACUACCUUUCCUCUCAACAAAUCAAGUCCCUCAUGUCAACAAGUAUGGUACAUGCCAAGGAGAAAGGAUACCAGUGAUGUGCUAGAACUGGCUUCGGCAGACUCAUGAGAGUUGACCAUUGAAUUUUCAAGAAUUUUGUAAGCCAGUUGUUAAACACACCGUCAUUAAAUAUUAAAUUAUCAAAAGCAAUUGAAUAAAUCUUAUUAAAAACAAAGAUAAUAAUGAAAAACUACCACUUCAUAAUUAUUUCCCUUCAUAUUACUCUUUAUCUGUGCUUUUGAGGUAUUUAUGUCAAUUGUACGUACGCAGUGGAGACACUAUUAUCAUGUUCUGUGCAUCUCUUCUUGACUCCACACCCAGUAGCAUCAUGUGGGUAGCUUGAAAUUGACCACAGUGGGAGUAUGUACACCAAAGAAAUUACCAAAUGCUACAAACCGGGACCUUUAAUUUCUGAAAAGCCAGGUGUUAAACAUUUACCAGCACACAACUGAAAGUCACCAUCACUUUUUCUCCGGCAAAUAACAAAUAAUUGGAAGCAGUAUAAAGUUAUUCAUAUGGUAUUAAAUUCAACCACUCACCUUCAGAUGGCUACAACUUUGUUUUGGUUUUUACCCUUUUUGAAAGAUACCUAUUAGACUAUGAGUAAUAUUUGACAUUUAUAUUUUAUUUGUAAUUAAAUUAUUUAAUCAUAUAGACACAUUCAAAAAUGUAUCUCUCUUGAUGUUCUGCAAGGGAAAUCUUAGCAAUGCAUCUUUAGUGUAAGCAAUAACAGCGGCUGAAUUCAGGGAAAUGUUAGCCUAAUUAUAGCACCACUGAAAAUGUGCUUCAGUACAAAUUUUUAAGUUUAUAAUUUUAGCACUUCCUAAAAGCAGGAAAAACAGUAAACAUAUUACUGUGUUCAGAUUCUAAUAAAUGUAGUUUGGUUGAAACCCAAACUGUUAAGCAAAUUGAACUGUGGCGGUAUGCUAAAACACCGCAGAUGUUUUAGAUGUUUGCUUUCCAAAUACGGUGGCGUAUCAAUUGUUUAAUUCAAUUAUCCAGGGCACCUUUUGUAACCCUUAUUACGGAUUUAAGAAACUGGCCUAAGAAAACCGGUGAUCAGCAGUUACAAAAGCCCAGUGAGCAUUUGAACAAAAAGGAUCCCUGAUAGCUUAAGGCCUUACAAAUUAUGCACCAAAGAGAAUGAUCUGUGUAGUUGAUUGACAACUUAGUGUGAAUUGACAUUCAUUUAGCCAGCUGCAAUCUGCAAAAGCUGUGCUUUUUUCCCCCAUAUUUAUAUUUUAUUGCUUUAAACAGAAAGUCCCAAUAUAUUAUAUCCUUUGUUUCUUUGGCAGUUUUAAGUUAGAACUUUCUAUCCAAACAGAUGCUACCUAUAGCAAAACUGUCUUUAAGAACAGAAAAUAAAAUAAAUGUUUAGACAAAAAAUCAUGGGCCAAUUAGGUAUAAAGUUAAGGUAUGGAAAUUUGGAUUUUUACUUUCUGAGUCACAUGCACAUUAAUCAGUUUUUCAACUUUAUUUCUAAGCAAGUAAAAGAGUCUAAGGCAUUUCUGAUGUCAAAGAAACAAAGCAUAUCUGGCUAACAAGGAGGUAGGAAAAAAAAGUAAGAAUAUCAGCCAAAAACAAUUGUACGUGCAAUCAGCUGUCCUCAGCUUGAAUUCUCAUAGAUUACAUGAAUAUUUAGAAUUAUAAACUUAAAAGAGAAAACAAGGCUCACGAUAAAGUAUAUAGUACCCAGAGAGAGUGACUGUCAAGAGAGAGACCUAACACAAGUGAUGUUGCCUGAUAAACCUUCUCUUGUUUAUCUUUUAGUGAAUAGAAUUCUUUAAGAUAACGUUGCACUUGCCUACUCAUAGUGUAAAUAUAUUCACAGUCUUCUUAAAAUCAUGGAAAUUCUUCUAAGGGCACAAUCCAACAGUCCAUCUUUAAUGAUCACGCGGUAUGAUUUCAUUGUCAAGCAGGCAUUAUUGACUCACGUAUUGAUGACAUUACCUUAUCAUCUAUAAGGGUCUUGUGAUACUUUCAUAUCACUAUCAAUAUUAAAACAUAUUUCAUGUCAAAAGACUGUCAAACUUUUCAAAGGCAGGUUCCAUUUUACUGUAAGUAGAUGGACAUCCCCAUUUCCCUGCACAAGUGCUGUCCUUUAUACACAUAUACUUCUCAUGUGAAUAUUAUUAUUUUGUUUAGCCUAACAUCUAAUUUUCAGAUCCUUGUGGUACUUAUAUGAAAUGUUGGCAUUUGUUUUCCUUUUAUGUUAAAUAUGUAUUCUAGAUGAGCCAAUGUGUGUUCCUAGGAAAUGGGGCACAGAUAGGUUAGAUCGUGUUAUAUUGGCCUUAGAAGAAAUAUCAUUUUAUUUUGUUGUUCUAUGUAAACCAUAUUCAUUGUACACUGUGUGUAUAUUUUUGUUUAAAUAAAUGUGAUUUUUAUUUUUUA